CUACUGCGCUUAUUGGGCGGCUGUGGCGACGGCGGCGGCUGCGGCGUCGGGGCAGGAGAGAGGGGCUCCUGCAGCGGCAGACCUGUCCGCCGUGCGGUGAGAGGCCGGGGCUCGUGCCCUCUCGGGGCCAUGAACCUGGGGGAUGGAUUAAAGCUUGAAACAGAAUUAUUGGAUGGGAAAACAAAGCUAAUAUUGGCUUCAUAUGAACGUAAACCAAAAACUGCCACAAAGAUACUCCAGCCUGCUAAUACCAACUUUGGAUCCUGCCUCUCCUCUACUCUACCAUUUCUCCCAGAUGGGAAUUAAGGCCAGGAUUCCAAACCAGCCUUUGAGAAUACCACAGACCGGACAUAUUCUUAAAUCAACACAGAACACUGACAGCAGGAAUGGAAGCCUUUUACAGAAGAGUAGGACUGCUUCUGAAUCUUCACUGGCAAAAGGAGAUAAAAGCAGAAGGAUUUUCUCACCAGCUAGCUGUUUCUCAAGACACGACACAGAUAACGAUCAUCUUUGUAUGCAGAGAAACAUUACAGUCGAAACUCCCAACACAUGGAGGACUAAAAAUUACAAACAGUCUGCAGUAUUUAAACAGAAACCUCAAAAAAAACACAUCAUAGUUGAAGAUCUAAAGAAUAAUUUGGUUUGUCUAACUGAGGAACAACUACAACAGAUUUUGAUGGCUGUUGGCCGAGGAAAUGGACCUAUUUCACAGAUGGAGAAUGGAAAGAAAGAAGAGAAAUGUCAAAAUAAUUUACAUUUUAACAGUUUUUCUAAUGAGUCAAAAGAUGAGAACAUUAUGGGAUUACUUCAAAAAACUGAAAAUGUUUCGCCUCUCCCAGAUGAAAAUAACUCUGGCUUAAACAAAAAACAGAAGACAUCUAAGCAGUAUGAGCAGAAAUUUGCCGUAAAGACAGUAUGGAAACCGGCCGAUAUGUUCAGUACUCUGGGGGAGAGAGAGAGAGAUAAAAGUUUGUUGGAAGCAAAGAAAUUCCAGUGGAGGAAGGAGCUAGAUGAACAGGUUGCACUAAAGAAGAAAGAAAAAGAAAAAGCAGCCUUGGAAGAGCAGAAGAAAUGCCCGUGGGACAGACCGAGGGACCCCAAGCUCAUUUGGGACAAUUUUCACUCAGAGGGGUCGGAGUGCUCAAUGAGCCCAUCUAGCAUUCUCUCAAGGUCACCUAACCCGAGGCUGUCUGCCCAUCCUGCCGGGGACUCAGUACCUGGGACUAGCCAGACUCUGGAAAUAACAUCUCUUGGUGAAUUUGACUCUGCUACUGAGGAGACCCCAGUUUCACAGAAUGCUUCAAGGGGAGAAUCCAGCGAGGCUGGUCCCAGCAGCUGCAGCGCCCCCCGUGGGAAGCCCACCACCUUUAGUUCUCCAGAUCUGCCAGCAGCCAUUCGCACAGCCUUUGUUCUAGGGGAAGCUGCACCGCUGGAGCAUCCUUUCAGUGCUGUGAAGAAAGAACAGCAGAAAAAGUGGAUUGAAGAACUGAACAAACAAAAGGAAGAAGAUAAGCAGAGAAAGCUCCAGGAAAAAAUGAUAUAUUCAAAGGGUGAAGAACAUGACAGAUGGGCCAUGCAUUUUGAUUCCUUAAAACUCUAUCCCAAUUCUCAGUCUCAACUAUCUUCUCAUGCAACCCAGAAACAACCCGACUACUUAUGUCUGUCCUCAGACAUUCAGGAAAUGACUGAUAUUAGCAAUCCUCAUACACCUUUAUCUGGAAGCCAACCUGGGCCUUCAGAGGAAGAGAACUUGGGGAAAUCUGUUCGGGAUACUGCUCCUACAAACAUGGAGAAAAGCAAUUUCCUUCGCUCUAUGACGGCACUCCUGGAUCCUGCUCAAAUUGAAGAAAGGGAUAGACGAAGACAAAAACAGUUAGAACAUCAGAAAGCCAUCACUGCCCAGGUGGAGGAGAAGCGAAGGAAGAAGCAGCUCGAGGAGCAGCAGAGGAAGCAGGAGGAAGAGGAGGAAGAGCGUCGCCUGGCCCGCGAGCGAGAAGAGAUGCAGAGGCGGUUUGAGGAAGACCUGCUCGAACAGAAGCGCAAGGAGGAAGUCAUGACCCUGAAGACGAACGAGCUGUACCAGACCAUGCAGAAGGCCCAGGAGCUGGCGCAGAGGCUAAAGCAGGAGCAGCGCAUCCGCGAGCUGGAACAGAAAGGCCAUGACAUCUCCAACUUGCUGCGCAGCCUUGGCGGCGACGCGGGGCCGGCCGAGCCAAGUCUGGAGGUCGACGGCCUUCUGCAGUUCAGACAGGACUGUCCCGACCAAGGUGGCGCCAAGGUCAGCCAAGGGGUCAUCCCCACCACCUCUCCUCGAAAGGACACGGCCGUGCAAACAGAUGAUGUGCCCGUGGGAAGCUUGGAAGCCCUCACCGAGCCAAGCACCGAGAUGAUUCUCUUGGACCUCAUUUCUCCAGAAAUUUCGGUUGAACUGGACGCACAAUUUAACAGCAAGAAGAGUAAGAAAGAGGCGCUCUCUGAGAAGAAGCUGGCCUUAGAGCCAGAGAGCAGCCGAUACAACGAGCUCUAUGAUCAGUUUGCGAGAACUGAAAAACAAACAAAAGCCAAAGGAAAAAGUGCAAAGAGGCCCGACUGGAACAAAAACCGGCCGGCCAAGAGGUACGUGCCCGCCUCGGAGAGGUAUCCCAAACACCUGCAGAGGCAGAGGGAGGAGAAAAAGAUGAGGAGGCAGAUGGAGCUGCUUCAACUGCUGGAAAAGAACACUCCUGGCCGUGUCUUUGUGCCCAGAGACGUCUCCCCAGAAAGCGUCCACUCCCCCCACGAGGAGCCUGAUCCCGGAGGCAGGGGACCCCGGGGCCACAAGGAAGAAGAUUUGAAAAAAAUCAACUCCAGCAAAGAAAGCAGAUCCGAGUCACCCCCUGUUCCAGCAGUAAAGAAUCGGUUACAACAGACACAACUCAAACAGACCAGUGCAGUACAUCCCCCUGAACCUCCUCAUUUCAUCCCCUAUGUCCGAACCAAUGAAAUCUACUGUUUGGAUCCAGAUGUACCAUCUUCACCUAGACCUUCAGCCUAUGAUCCACAGUAUCCAUAUUUAAAUGCUUUAGAUUCUGACUGCCGAGAGGAGAUAAUUGGCUACGACGGUGUGAGAGAUCCACUUCUCAAUCCCAACUUGGUCAAAAACAGAGACAGACAGCAAGCAAUACUCAAGGGACUAUCAGACCUGCGUCAGGGCCUUCUCCAGAAGCAGAAAGAGCUGGAAACUCAUCUCAUUCCCUUAGCUUCAAGUCAAGAAGACUUUGAUUCUCCAUUUGAUUCUCCAUUCUAAUGUACAGAAGUGAGAAUACAUCAAGCCAAACUAUUUCUACUGGAUUAUACCUCUCAUUACUGGCUUAACAGCAUUACAUUCAUUAAAUUAUAAAAUGUAUUGAUUCAGCAGCCAUGUUUCCAUAUUUAAAAUUGUUCAGGUUACUUUAUUGAAAAAUGAUCUAUUAAAAACUUUGUAGAAUGUAAAUAUACUUUUUUCAAAGAAUAAAAUGGUAA